AUGGUAACAUAUGCCAAGCAGACGCAGACUGCUUCGUCAGGCCACGAGAGGGACGGAUCAUCUUCAUCUUCUUCCCCUCUCAAAGGCUACUUUGAAGAUUGGUGGAGGCCACGCAAAGACGAGUACAAUCUAAAUCCUGGUUUAGAAUGGGAAGACGAAUUUACAGCGGAAGAUGAGGAGAGCUCUCUGCCACACUUGGAUGGGUUCCAGAGCAAGCUUCCGCCCGGCAUUCUGCCCCACGGUCUGCCCCAGGUGAAGGAGGUGCAGCCAGCUCUCACAUCUCUGGAAAGUGCACCCCAGAAACAGGAGCCUGCCAAGCAAGUGCGUGAGUUGUCUGAGGAGGAGAAGCAGAUGAUUAUCCUAACAGAGGAUUUCCAGAGGUUUCUAGACCGAGCCGGACGUGUGAUGGAGCGAGCUUUAUCUGAAAGCGUUGAUAUCUAUACUGACUACACUGGGGUAGGAGAUGGGGAUGAAGCAGCGGAUGAGAAGUCUGGUCUUCGACUGUCACUGAACCGGUGCUUCUAUGACGAUCGAUGGUCUCGUAAUCGCUGCGUGACAUCUCUGGAUUGGUCACCACAAUAUCCAGAACUUCUAGUAGCUAGCUACCAUAAUAAUGAAGACUCGCCCAAUGAUCCGGAUGGCGUGUGCUUAAUUUGGAAUACAAAGUUCAAGAAGACAACACCAGAAUACAUUUUCCAUUGCCAAUCUCCUGUUCUGGCUGCAACAUUUGCUAGAUUUCAUCCUAAUCUGAUUCUUGGUGGAACAUAUUCGGGACAGAUCGUACUGUGGGAUAACCGUGUGCAGAAGAGAACUCCAGUUCAGCGGACUCCUCUGUCGACAGCGGCCCACACUCAUCCCGUGUAUUGUCUAAGUGUGGUGGGGACCCAGAAUGCUCACAACCUGAUAAGCGUGUCUACAGAUGGGCGACUGUGUUCAUGGAGUCUGGACAUGUUGUCACAGCCUCAAGAGACGUUGGAGUUGCAGCACAAGCAGGGCAAACCCAUAGCAGUGACAUGUCUCGCUUUCCCACACAGCGAUGUCAACAACUUCAUAGUGGGAAGUGAAGAGGGUUCUGUUUACACAGCGUGUCGUCAUGGCAGCAAGGUGGGCGUAACAGAGACAUAUGAGGGGCAUCAGGGCCCAGUGACUGGAAUCUCAGCCCACUCAGUUCAAGGAGGGAUUGACUUCUCUCACUUGUUCCUAACGUCAUCAUUUGAUUGGACUGUGAAGUUAUGGAGUGUGAAGGAGAAUCGACCUCUGUACUCAUUUGAAGAUAAUGGAGACUAUGUGUAUGAUGUAGCUUGGUCACCUGUUCAUCCUGCCCUGUUUGCUACUGUAGAUGGCACCGGACGUCUCGAUCUAUGGGACUUGAAUCAGGAUACAGAGGUGCCAACAGCUACUGCUUUGGUGGAGGGCUCUCCAGCUCUCAAUAGAGUGUCGUGGACGCCAUCAGGACUCCACGUUACAGUUGGUGAUGACAUGGGAAAGAUCUGGGUGUACGAUGUAGGAGAGCAACUGUCACAGCCGCGGCUUGAUGAUUGGAGCAAGUUUGUAUACACACUGCAGGAGCUGAAGAACAAUAAAGCAGAUGAAGAGAUUGAUAAGCUGAACCUGAGCUCCUCAGGUCCAUCUAAUCUUGGAAACUUGGCUUCUCUCUCUCCCAAUCCACUGCGUUAAUUCACAUUGGCACUGAUGCGUAAUGUUAAUAUUAUUCUCUGGCAUUACUGCUAAACAGCUUGAUACGUUCUUCAGGUACAUGCGUAAGGUUCUUAUUGCAGCUGUAGAGAUUGAAGAUUUUCUCCGAAAGCCGGUCGCUCGUUUCCUCCACGUGACUGAUUUUUCGUGCCACGUUUGUGGUUUCACGUUGGUGUCUUCUGUCUCUGUAUUGACGGUGACUGCUGUUUUACUUCGUAUGUUCACCGCAGCUUCUUGAUACCAUAACUGUGUUGGAGAGCAAGUUGACUAACCUGUAGAAAGUAUUGCCACCAUUUGGCUAUCUUGUUAUUUGUGUCAUUAAUUAUGCCAGUGAAUUUUAAAAGGGCCAUAAACUUUGUGUAUUGUGAUUUAAUUUUCACAUAUAUAAAGUACAUACCUUCCUAAACUUUUGGUGGACCCCCAUGUGAUUUUUGUAAAUAAUUGUACUCUCAGCAUAAAAUAAUUUAUUGCAAGAACUGAUUUA